AUGUCCAACUCCACGGAAGUAUUGGCUACGAUUCCUCAGCAUGACCGAAGCAGCCGUGUCAAGGAUAUCGACCUUGCUAAGGAUGAGCUACCAGAGGACCGGGCUCUUGGUGUCCUGUGGAAUUUGGAGGACGACAGCCUCCGCGUCGCGUGGCGCAAUGUGGCAUCCGAGGAGAAUCCUGCUGACGACGCCACCCGAGGACUGCCUGCACGAACGCUAUUAGCAGGUGGACGAUGGAGGGAUGGCCCCGCUUUCUUAUGCCUGCCCAUAGACAACUGGCCUCCACUCCCCGGCGGACCCGCAGUGGAUCUCGAUGGCGACCCGGAAGUGAAGAAAGAAGUUUCUGCCCUCGCGAUUGAAGCACAGGAGCCUAACACGAUAGACCAGCUACUGUCCCGUUAUUCGUCCUGGUAUAUCUUGCAGAGGGCAGUAGCCUGGAUCCGCCGUUUUGCUACCUGGAUCACGGAGGGCCGCCCUAGCGGCUCAGGAUCCCGCCUUGCAACGGUUGAGCUCCAGGCGGCCCGAACGGCAAUACUUAGAUAUGUGCAGGGGACCCACUACCGAGACGACAUUGCGGAUCUCCGACGUGGCAAACUGACCAAGAAGAGUAACCUCUACAGGCUGGAACCGAUCCUUGACGUCCAGGGCCUUCUCCGUGUGGGAGGUCGGCGGUUGGACACAUCAGAAGGUACCGCCCGCAGCAACCCCCCCAUUCUCCUCCCAAAGUCCCACCACGUCACAGCCCUGAUUGUACGGGACGUCCACGUCUUUCUGGCUCGCCACUCUGGGAGGGAACACACCCUGGCUUGCUUACGUGGCCAGUACUGGGUGGUCGCGGGCCGCCCCUUGAUUGACCGACUCUUACGCGACUGUUUCAUCUGUCGCCGGGUGAACAGCAAACCGCUGGUACAGCGCCAGGGCGAAUUACCGGUGGAACGGAUCUCUGCUGAUAACCCCCCGUUCACCCACACCGGGGUCGACUGCUUCGGCCCCUUCAGUGUCACCUGCAUGAGGCGGUCGGUCAAACGUUUCGGCUGCAUCUUCACCUGUCUCAGUUCCCGUGCUGCACAUCUAGAGGUCCUGGAGUCCCUUGAUGCCGAUGCCUUCCUUAACGCCCUCACGCGCUUCAUUGCUCGGCGUGGCCCACCUGCAAAACUCUUCUCUGACAUGGGGACCAACUUCCAAAGGGCCGAUAAGGACCUCCGCGCCGCGGCCAAGGGAUGGCGCGACCAGGCCAAUGUCGAGGCAGCCUUGCAUCGGCGGGCCAUUGAAUGGGUUUUCCAACCUCCCAUGGCCUCACACAUGGGUGGUGUGUGGGAACGGCAGAUUCGUUCUGUGCGUAAGAUCAUGUCUUCCAUCAUUGGUUCCCAGCGGAUUGAUGACGCCAGGCUGCACACCUUGUUCUGUGAGGUCGAAGCCACUCUCAACGGUCGGCCAAUCACAGCCGCCCCAGGCGAUGCUUCGGAUCCUGAGGCGCUUACUCCCGAUCAUCUUCUGCGUGUCGGGGCUGGUCUCCACUUACCUUUGGAGGACCAUUCCUUGGGUGAUACCUUCCGUCGCCGUUGGACCCACGCUCAAGCUCUGGCUGAUCGUUUUUGGAGACGUUGGAGGGCGGAAUAUCUCCACACCCUCCGCAUGCGGCAACGCCGGAUAGCACCCACUCGCAACCUGUGCGUCGGCGACCUCGUCCUCAUCGCCGACCCACCUUUACCGCGCAACCAGUGGCGCCUUGGCAGGGUCCUUCAAGUCUUCCCGGGGUCCGACGGUCUGGUCAGGAAAGUCCGCCUCCGCACCAGCUCUGGGCCGCUCGUUCGCCCCAUCGUCAAGCUUUGUCUGCUCGAGGGUGAUGUUGCCCCCUCUCCGCCUUCCUCCUCUAUUUCUCUCCAGUGACGGCUACACGCGGCUGGUUGUCAUCUGGUUGCUUGCACCCUCCGUGUGCAAUCAAGGGGGGAGUGUAGCCGCCGCAUGUAGCGGUAUGUAGCCGCAUGUAGAGAGAGGGAGGGAGAGAGAGGGAGAGAGAGAGAGAGAGAGAGAGAGAGAGAGAGAGAGAGAGAGAGAGAGAGAGAGAGAGAGAGAGAGGCUGAUGUUUACGCCCUCGCUGGUCUUUUUGCAUAGGGUUAAUGUAAGGUUAAUAAUAUAAGGUUAGUAGGGUUAAUGUUGUGGAUGCUGACAUAAGGCUUGUCGGAGGCCCUUUCGGCUCAGGGUUUGAGGAGAGAGUGAGAAGAGGCAGUAGCAGGACAACGGUGAGACGAGACACACUGAGUUCAAUCACACUGUAGUGCUGACCGGAAGGAACCCGACUGUACCCGCAAAUGCGUAUGUAUUAGUGUUGUUGC